CAUGAAGCACAAGUAGUUUAAGCAUGGAAUGGAACCUAUUUUCCCUUCUCAAGAAUAAUGGCAUCUUUUCAUCCACUUUAACAAAUCAUGUCGUCUAAGAAAAUCAUAUAAUAUAAUAUAAUAUAAUAUAAUAAUAAAGUAGUCCUUUUUCCUAUGUAUUUAUCUACCUUUUCACUAGCUAAAAGAUAAAGAAUCUUCCUUCUCUUCUUGGGUUCAUAAAUAUAAAUAUCGAGUUCUGUUUAUGAUUGACAAGUUUCAAACUUCAGAUUUGAACAAUGUGGGUUAAGGUUUUUCUUCUCCUUCUGGCAACUCCCUUUGCUCUUUUUCACUCAGCAGCUUCUCUUAAUCGUAGCAGUUUUCCAGCAGAUUUCUUAUUUGGAACAGCUUCUUCAGCUUACCAGUAUGAAGGUGCAGCACAUGAAGGUGGCAGGACCCCAAGCAUAUGGGACACCUUUACUCAUAGCCACCCAGAUAGAAUAGUAGACCACAGUAACGGAGAUGUUGCCAUUGAUUCAUACCACCGCUACAAGGAAGAUGUGGCCAUGAUGAAGGAUAUUGGAUUUAAUGCCUACAGGUUUUCCAUUUCUUGGUCCAGAAUACUACCACGUGGGAACCUGAAGGGAGGAGUUAACCGAGAAGGCAUUGCAUAUUACAACAAUCUCAUAAAUGAACUGAUAUCAAAUGGACAACAGCCCUUUAUAACGUUGUUUCACUCUGAUCUCCCUCAAGCUCUUGAAGAUGAAUAUGGUGGUUUUCUGAGUCCCAAAAUAGAGCAAGAUUUUGCAAAUUAUGCAGAAGUAUGCUUCAGAGAAUUUGGUGACAGGGUUAAGCACUGGAUUACGUUAAAUGAGCCAGUGCUAUAUAGCACCCUAGGCUAUGGAAGUGGUGGAUCUCCACCCAAUAGAUGCUCCAAGUGGGUGGCGAACUGCACUGCUGGUGAUUCUAGUACUGAGCCCUAUGUGGUUACACACCACCUGAUCCUUGCUCAUGCUGCAGCAGUAAAAGUCUAUAGGGAAAAGUACCAGAUUUCUCAGAAGGGUCAAAUUGGGGUAACACUAAAUUCUGCUUGGGUUGUGCCACUAUCUCAAUCAAAAGAUGACCGAGAUGCAGCAUAUCAAGGUCUUGCUUUUAUGUAUGACUGGUUCAUGGAACCACUUUACUCUGGUACCUAUCCCGCUGUAAUGAUUAAUAAAGUUGGGGGACGUUUGCCGAAGUUUACCAGGAGGCAAUACUUGAUGGUUAAAGGAUCCUUUGAUUUUAUAGGGUUAAAUUAUUAUACUUCAACUUAUGCUACCAGUACUCCUUGCCCACGUGAAAAGCCAAAUGUCUUUACAGACUCUUGUGUUAGAUUUACUACUGUAAAAAAUGGGGUUCUCAUUGGUCCAAAGGCAGCCUCAGACUGGCUCUACAUCUAUCCACCAGGAAUUCAAGGUCUCUUGCAAUACACUAAGGAGAAAUUUAACAGUCCAAUUAUUUACAUAACAGAGAAUGGAAUUGACGAGGUUAAUGAUGGGAAAAUGUCACUGGACGACAAAAUGAGGAUAGACUAUAUCAAUCACCACCUUUUGUAUCUUCAAAGAGCCAUAAGAAAUGGAGUGAGGGUGAAGGGAUACUUUGCAUGGUCAUUGUUGGACAAUUUUGAAUGGACUGCUGGGUACUCUCUUCGCUUUGGACUCGUGUAUGUUGAUUACAAGAAUGGACUGAAAAGGUACCGAAAAAGGUCAGCUUUGUGGUUCAAAAUAUUUCUCCACCAAUGAAAUGGUCCUUGGUACUGGAAGACAUAAUUGAUGGGAAAGAUAUAAGAAGAGUUUGGUGUUUCGUUCUUAAUUCGAGUCGUGUUUUGCUUUCAGGCCACUGUAAGCACUAAGCAGUGCUACUUUGAUUAUUUAUGAUAAUCUGCAAGAAUGAGGUUUCAUUGUUA